AUGCCUUCAAUUGCGUUGGUUCAAAGGUCGUGCUUGAUGACAUUAAACAACUUGUCAUCCGUCCCAACGGGGUGGAAUCCCAUUGUUCCCGACCGUCGACACUCCAUGCCAUCCAGCCCACACAAUACCACAUUUCCACAAGGCGAGGCUGAAUCAUCAUCUUCUGCCUUGCAUACCCUUGUCAUCAAUCUUCGAAAUCGUGGCGGGGACGAUGAAAUGAUCGAGGCCCGUGAUUCCGACAAUGAUUCUGAUCUUAUCAAUGAGCUUAAGACACGGGUGAAAUCAAUCUCAUCUUCUUUGCAGCCUAGUGAAGCGAUUCUUGCGAAAUCUCUCGUCUCAUUACUGUCAAACCUCAACAGACUCUGUUAUUCAAUCAGGCAUGCACCUAACCACUCUUGA